AUGGCGGGCUUACAGCAGCCAUGUCCAUUAGAUGGGAAGGAAGAUGAGUGCAAAGGUAUUGUGCAAACCUACCUCCCUGCCAGCGCUUUCACCGCCUGUUCCACCAACAAGUGGCCUGAGAACAGCCUGUUUCGAGAUGUUGAUGCGACUAGCGUCUCUUUCGAUGACUUGAAACGGUACAAGCCUUUAGUGUUGGCUCUCUAUGACCUUUCCCCAAUGGGUGAAUUCACCACUGGCUUCUUGGAAAAGGUCUUCCUGAACUUGGAUCAGGAAUGUGAUCAUAACCUGAGUCAUGGACGGUAUAUCCGAGACAAGGCGAAGUGGGCAAACACUGAAGCAUACUGCUUGUUCGGGCUCCUCAGCUAUGCAAGGAAGUACUGGCGGAAGAGCUUGUGCAAGAAAAAUGUGACUGAGAUGGCUGGGGAGCUACAAGCAGUCAUGGUGAAGAAUCCCAAGAAAGCUCGUCACACUUGCACUAGGGAAUACCGUCAACUGAGGGCUGAGCAGCCACAAGAUAGCGUUGAAGCUUCAGAAGCUGCGACGCCUGUGACGAUUGCAGCAGCCGAAACUGCGAUGGUAUGGGAAAUCUCAGAUGGAGAGGAUGAGCCAAGUGAUUCAGGUGAGCAUGGCUGCCCAGCACAGUCAUCUGCCGCUGCGUCGCAUGAUGGAGGUGCCCAUACCCAUGACGAACUGAUGCAGCCUCAACUGGCCAACACAGGUCUUGCUGAGAGUGAUCACUGCGUUUCUGAUGAGUUGAGAGGUGACUAUGAGCAACUGGUGGCAAGUGAGCAGCCUGACUCAGGUCUUCCCCAGAGCUUGGACGAUGAUCAACCAUCGAGUUCUCAUGAUGCAGGCCAUGAAAAUAUUGACAAGCUUGGCGACAUGGAUGUAGUGGGAUCCAGUGGUGCCAGUGCCAGCGUCCCAGAGGCGCCACCGGCAGCUUCCAAAGACGAAGAGGUCGUGGAGAUUCCAGAUGAUGCGUCACUAUGUGCAUCCACCAUUGCACUUGGAUCACCAUGGGCCGAGGAUGAUGACUUCUUUGGCGGUGACGGUGGUGACCAUAAUGACCAGGCUCCGCACCACUGCGAGGAACCUGAUUCUGGCCGCGCAUUGGGAUUUACAUGGCCAGAUGUAGAAUGCUCAAUGGAACAACCACGGCCGAUGGAAGAUGAACACAUUUCCCCUGCUGAUGAGUCUCAAGCUCUUGGAGCUGUUCAAGACGAAGAUCUUUCAGUCGGACCUGCGAAGAUUGGUGACACACCAGUGUCUGAGAUCCUGGAGUCGUUUUGCCGGGGCGAGGUUCCACCGGACAACAAAGAGUUGUACAACUUGGUGAAGGACAGCUAUGUUGAAGUCUAUGAGGCCAUGAUGAAGAAGAACAUCCCCAUAGUUCCGAACGGUGUGAUGAGCCGGUGUAUGGCAGUCAUUUCCCAGCAUGAUUCUGGAUCAGUGUCUCCUCAAGCAUCAUCACCAGGGGACCAGGAGCCCUGCAGCGUGAAGGAGCCGGAGACGUAUCGCGGAACUUUGAGGCGCUUGGGUCGCUUCAGCGAAGAGGAUAUCCCACCAACUCAACUUUCAGAUGAGGAAAAACCUGCUUUGAAAGAUGUGAUGAGAAGCAAGUACAACCCGAAUAUGGACAGGGAACCUGACUUCAUGCGAAGCAUGCAGAUUCUUGCGUCCACAGAGGACCCGCCCAACUAUGCAUCUCAGGGUGCUGAUGUGGGGCGCACACGGGGCCGAAAGCCAAACAGAAGCAAUCCUAAGUCAAAGAAGGUCAGGAGCAAAAAGGGCAAGAAAGGCACAGUGACCAAAGGAAGAAAAGGCAGCAAGGUGAAACAUGUCAGAAAGCCAAAGAAAGCUAUGAAGAAUGUUUCACAGGAUGGCAGCCACGACAGUCCCAGCAAGACAAGCAAGCCCAGAAAAAAAAGGGUUGGAAAGUUUGACAAGUUGAACACCCGACCUUGCAAAGGACGCAGCACUGAAACUGGGGCCACACAUGAACCUGAACCUUCGGUUGACCAACCGAUGCACCAUGGACCGCGCAGAGUGCCUCCAGCACACAUAACUGCCAACCAUGUGUACUCAUCGGCAUACCGACACAACAAGUCACUUGGGCAAGAGUAUGCCAGAGCAGCAGGAAAGCUGGCUGCUGCAACGUUCCGAGACUUAGGGUAUGUCGAUGACCUAUGUGGUGUGUUCCGCAUGCAACCACGUUCCAAAGGGAAAGGUGCAGCUGCGGUGGAAGAGGACUGA